AUGGCGACGCACUAUCGACCUACACCAUGGCAGAAAUUCCGCCGCGACCCCUCGACACAGCUGGCUUUCUGGCUGCAGAGCCGCCGCCGGCACACUAGCACGCCAGGGGAUGCAGCAGCAGCAGGCUCUUCUUCGCCCAUCAGCAUCGUCUGCGUGUCAGACACACACUGCACUCAGCCCGAGGUCCCCGACGGAGAUGUCCUCCUGCAUGCCGGCGAUCUGACAAACCGGGGAAGCUUUGAAGAGCUCCAGGAACAGUUGGACUGGCUCAACACCAUGCCGCACCGGUACAAGGUUGUCAUCGGCGGGAACCACGACAAGCUGCUGGAUGCAGAGUACGUGAGGCAGUUUCCCGAUCGCAUCUACGAGGGCGAGGGCACGUCGCGCAGCGAUCUAGAUUGGGGGGAUAUUGUCUACUUGCACAAUUCGUCUACUACACUGCGGUUCGCCAACGGUCGCAGGCUCAAGGUGUACGGCUCUCCUUGGACGGAGUUGUGCGGGACCUGGGCCUUUCAAUACCCCCCGAUCCGCCAGGUCUGGGCGGGUGCCGUGCCGGAGGACACAGACAUCCUCCUCACCCAUGGACCGCCGAAGGGUCACCUCGAUAACGGGGGCAAGGGAUGCCCUCAACUACUGAGGGAGGUAUGCCGCGUACGGCCCCGGCUCGCAGUCUUCGGACACAUCCACGCCGGAGCAGGGCUGGAGGAGAUGGCCUAUAGCGGCGCCGACAGAGCGUUCCACUGUGUCAUGACGGGAGAGGGCGGGCUGCUGGCGGUGGCCCUGAUGGCGUUCUGGGUAUUGGUCGAGUGCAUCUGGCCAAGACGAGGCACGGAGCACACGACGACACUGGUGAACGCGGCCGUGGUGGGCGGUCAAAAGAGUGAGCUGGCGGUCAAAGUAGUUGACAUGUGA